CACGCACAAAAGCAUUGCGGUUAGCAAUCUCAACUAAUGGUGGCAGUACAGUGGCCGUAGAAUUAGCGUCAGUAAAUAAGCCGGGUUUGAUCUGCUAAAUUGUGGCAUCAAAAAUAAUUUAUAAAGCUAACAAACCUUAAGUAGCUGUAGUCCAUCUGUAACGCAGUAAAUGUAUUGAAAUCAAGUUUUUCUUUCAUACUCGUGUAUAGUGUAUGAAAAAUAUAUUCUGUUAAACAUAUUCCAGACAAAUAAACUACAAAUAAUUCAUCAUGACUAUCGGAAAGAAUAAUAAGAUGUUGCAGCAUAUCAAUUACAGGGUACGCAUAAUUCUUCAAGACUCAAGAACAUUUAUUGGGACAUUUAAAGCAUUUGAUAAACACAUGAAUUUAAUACUUGGAGACUGUGAAGAAUUCAGAAAACUAAAACCAAAAAACACAAAACAACCAGAAAGAGAAGAGAAAAGAGUCCUAGGGUUUGUGUUACUGAGAGGAGAGAAUAUAGUGUCAUUAACAGUUGAAGGUCCACCACCUCCAGAAGAAGGAUUGCCACGAGUUCCAAUUCCUGGAGCUGCUACAGGACCUGGUAUGGGUCGUGCUGUUGGUCGUGGAAUGCCAGCCAAUAUUGCUGGAAUCCCAGCUGGUUUGCAAGGACCAGUCAGAGGCAUUGGUGGACCGUCUCAGCAGAUUAUGACACCUGGAAUUAGAGGUCAAGUGUCAGCACCACCUCAAAUGCACAGUGGACCAUCACCAGGAAUGCCAGGUCCUGGAGGACCCCCGCCGGGAAUGCUAGGACCACCUCCUGGAAUGAUGGGAUUACCGCCAGGUAUGCCUCCAAUGGGACGCCCUGGACCACCAAUGGCACCACCAAAUAUACGAGGACCCCCUCCUGGAAUGAUGCGUGGAGUUCCUCCUCGACCAUACUAAUUUAUCCUUUGCUCAUUAUAAAAUUAGAAUUCAAUUCAAAUAUUGAAAAGUUGAGUAAAUAUUUUAGAGUUAAUAAAUUCGUGAUUGCUAAAACUGGAAUAUUGUAUUCUUCUCAUUCACGCAGUGUAAAUGAGUUAUAAAGAUAUAAUCAGAUAAGAU